GAACUGUGUGUUUGCUUGCCACGUUCACUUGAUCGCGAAUUACACUUUCCGGCCCACUGGAAAAAGCUGCCUUGCAUUCCAAAGAGACGAUUCUCAUCAAUCUAAAACAACCUAAGCUCGGUCGAGAGAGAACGCGAACCCGAGUUGACACGAAACAAUUCACGAACCCUUGAAUAACCUCAGAUUUGAGAAAAGCAAACUUCGUUAUCAAGAUGAAAUACUCCAUUGCAUUCGCCGUGGCCACGGCCUCGGUUGCUAACGCCGGUUUCUGUAACGAUGCGUUCGAGGAAGCUGGUAACUUUUUCUGCCCUAAUGCCGUUAAGCAGAUCAAGUACGACGGUCUCGACAUCGCUGGCAAGUACCGAGCCGUCGCCCAGAUGACCGAGUCGGGUACCUGCACGUUCGAGGACCAGGCCUACUCGGGCCCCAUCGCACCUUUCGAUGAGGACUUGACUCUGCACUUCCGAGGACCCCUUUCGUUGAAGUCCGUGGCUGUCUACACCCCGUCCAAGGGCAAGCGCGACGUUCCUAAGCCUCACUCUAAGCGCCACGGCCACCAGCACCUCCACAAGAAGUUCCAUGAGCAGCAGCAGGAGGCCGAGAAACGCAACGACAUGGUCACGGCUACCAUCGACGGCAAGAUCGCGACAUGGGUGAACGACUGGUUCGGUUCCAGCACCGAAACACCCGCACCGACAUCCGCUGCUACUAGCGCUGCCACCUACGCUGCGAGCAGCGCCGCCUCUGCUGCGUCUUCCAAGACCAGCAGCUCAAGCAGCUCCUCUGCAUCCUCCGUCCCACUAGGCGACUACCAGCGCAUCGCCUACUACAGUUCGAAGGACCAGAUCGCUGACGGCCUCGUCUUCCUUGGUAACCUCGGUGACCCAGCCAUCUCCGGUACCUGGGACACUACUUGGGGUGCUAGUUUGGCCUACGCUAACGAGGACGGCACCAAGGCUGCCGCUUCCCCCACUAUUCUCAAGGAUGGCCAAAUCGAUGACUCUACCGAGAUCAUCAUUGCUUCUGACCAGGAGUGCAAUGGUGACUGCGGAACUGUCCGUCCCGGUGCCGUGGCUUACAAGGGUUUCGAGGGUGCUGACAAGGUCUUCCUGGCUGAGUUCACCAUGCCCAUGAGCGGCAAGACUGGCUGGAACAUGGAUAUGCCUGCUUUCUGGAUGCUUAACGGCAAGAUCCCCCGAACUGGUCAGUACAGCAAGUGCAGCUGCUGGAGCGGUGACAACGCCAGCCCGCAACAGGGUGGAUGCGGUGAGGCCGACAUCAUCGAGAUUCUCGCCACUGGUGACACCAAGGCCAAGUCGACCUUCCACUUCGCUGCCGGCACUGGUGACUCUCACUACUUCGACCGCCCCACCACCUCGCCCAUGAAGGUUGCCGUUGUCUUCCAGUCGUCUUCUUCCACCGCCUCCAUCAAGGUCCUCGAUGACAGCUACGACUUCUCCACCAGCCUGACCUCCGACCAGGUUGAUGACCUCGUCAACGACGAGAAGGACCUCGAUCUCUUCAGCUUGAUGUCUUUCGUAUUGUCGUAGAAUUUUUAAUCAAGGGGUAGGGGUACUGGCCACGAGGGAUGUACGGUGGUAAAAGGGGGGGGAUGGAAAGGAACCAAAUGGAGGAGGAUGUUUUAAAGGGCGGCUACAUGUCUGGUCUUUGUGUCUUUUAUGCUGGAUAUAGGAGCUGCUUUGCAAAGUUCUUUUUUCUGCGCCUAUAUUACCCACUUCUCGCAUACGCAUAUCGCAUAUCAUGACUGAAUUUUGCCUUGUUGAGUUGUAAUACCUAGUCUUUGCGUGCGGCCUUUUCUCUGAAUAUUUUUCUUGGGGCGUAAAGUAGAUGUUAUGUUAUUUAAUAUUAGCGUCUGUU